GGACAAUUUCUGAGGGAACUCCGAAGUUCUGAUCAUGGCUAGCAUUUCUGAACAACGAAUGAUAAUGGGGUAAAAUUGGAGAAACAAGUAUGUCUGAUAGCAUGUCGAAAAAUCCAACACUUAAGAGUUCUCUCUGAUGUAGAUGAAAGAUAUGAUUGGAUGAUUUAGGCUCAUCUUAAAUCUUUCUUAGAGAGAAUUAAUAAAAAUUAAAAUGGAAAUUGAUAAAGAGCAGAUUCAGUCAAAUGAGGACAACUACAAUUGCCCAGUGUGAUUCACAGUGAUGGCAGAGCCAGUUGCCACUCCGUGCGAUCAUCACUUCUGCUAUAUAUGCAUUGCUCAAACACUUGAAAGGAAUAACUUUGCAUGUCCCAUGUGAAGAGAAGGGUUCGCAGAAGAUUACAUACCUGAUAUCGAUAAGGACCUCCAGAAAGAAGUCAGUGAGAAAAUGCCUGAGGAGUUCGCUCAAGUCACUCAGUUGCUUAAAGAGAACAAUCUGUACAGAGGUAGCCUGAAAAGUAUAAAGUUCUUCUUUGGAAACAGACAUAAAGAAGUCCCUGAGGCAGGUUAUGAUGAAGUUGGUCAUGAAUGGAUCUGUUUUGUUGAGUCUGCAGAUCCUGAGGUUACUAACAAGUUUAUCACAAAAAUUGAGUUUAAGCUUCACCCCACAUUUCAUCCAUCCAAAGUUGUGGUCAAUAAGCUGCCUUUUCAGAUCACAAGAAUUGGAUGGGGUGAGUUUGAAGUCAAGAUUAUCAUUACAUGGAGAGCCUGGAUGAAGAAAAAGCAGACCAGGUACAACCACAUGCUGAGCUUUGAAGGAGAUGGUGAGAAAAAGGCUUUCAUCGUUGAUAUCCCUAUUGAUAAGUAUGAAAAGGCAAUGACAUAGUUAAAAAUUUACUAAAAUUCAAC